AUGUUUGUAUCCCUUUGUUUUGUUUUCUCACAGCAACUCCAAAGACCGAGCUCGCCCCUCUCUCUCUCUCUCCCUCUCCGGUUUCUUUAAUCCUCGUGCUGUCUCCUCUUCUCUCCCCUCCCUCCGCGUUUUAACCCUUGGACUGGAUCUCGUCUUGGACCGAAAAGAAGAGAAGCCGGCGGGCGGAGGAGGCCAAGAACAAUGAUGGGGUUUAUGUUGACUUUCUAUUAAUCUGUGGGUACUUUUGCUGGUACUUGAUGGAUUCCCGGCUGCCACAUUCUGUGGGUUUCUUCGUUCUUGAAGGAAGAAGAGGGGUGUAGAAAGGAUCUCUGAGGGUGGGUAAAAGGAGGGCUCCGAGAAGAGGUAUCUCUAUUGAUCCACCAAGAUGGCAGUAGAUAAUCCGCCCGCAAGAGCCCAAGGUGCCAGGGUGAGCCAAUCUUCCUUCAGCUCCAGCAAUGGUAAUGCCACCCCUUUCCACUCCAGCAAUGCCAGUGAGAAUGGUGAUGGAUAUGACAGUGAUGGCUCCUACUUUGCUCCCCCUACCCCAACAACCCUGUCAAUGUCUAUUCCACCUGAGCUUGCUGGUGCUAUCCCUUUGAUCAACAGAUUCCAGGUUGAGGGAUUUUUGAAAUCCAUGCAAAAGCAAAUGCAAUCCGCUGGAAAACGAGGGUUUUUCUCAAAAAAAUCUGUUGGCCUUCAAGUUCGUGAAAAGUUUACAUUUGAGGAUAUGCUGUGUUUCCAAAAGGAUCCUAUCCCAACUUCUUUGCUUAAAAUCAGUAGUGAUCUGGUAAACCGUUCCAUCAAAAUGUUUCAGAUUAUUCUAAAGUACAUGGGAAUUGAUUCAUCAGACAAAAUAACUUUAUUGAGUCUGGAAGAACGGAUUGAGCUUGUUGCAAAGCUUUAUAAACACACUCUGAAGCAUUCUGAGCUUCGAGAUGAGCUUUUUGCACAGAUAUCAAAGCAAACCCGUAAUAACCCUGACAGGAGCUGCUUGUUAAGGGCAUGGGAGCUUAUGUAUUUAUGUGCAUCUUCCAUGCCUCCAAGCAAGCAUAUGGGGGCAUAUUUAUCAGAGUAUGUUCAUUAUGUAUCUCAUGGGCUGAACACUGAUCCUGAAGUCCAAGUCCUCGUGCUGAACACGUUAAAUGCUUUAAAACGCUCAGUCAAGGCAGGACCUAGGCUCACAAUUCCUGCACAUGAGGAGAUUGAAGCUCUACUGACUGGUAAAAGGCUCACAACAAUAGUAUUUUUCCUUGAUGAAACUUUCGAAGAAAUCACAUAUGACAUGGCAACAACUGUUGCUGAUGCUGUAGAGGAGCUUGCUGGUAUCAUCAAGCUUUCAGUGUACUCCAGUUUCAGUCUAUUUGAGUGCCGGAAAGUUGUUAAUGGUUCAAAGUCUCCUGAUGUUGGCAAUGAGGAAUAUAUAGGAUUAGAUGAUAAUAAAUAUAUUGGUGAUUUGCUGGCGGAGUUUAAGGCAGCUAAAGACCGUAGUAAAGGGGAGAUUCUGCAUUACAAGCUUAUAUUUAAGAAACGGCUAUUCCGGGAAUCAGAUGAAGCUGUGGCAGAUCCAAUGUUUGUCCAGCUGUCAUAUGUGCAGUUACAACAUGAUUAUAUUUUAGGAAAUUAUCCUGUUGGGAGGGAUGAUGCUGCGCAACUGUCUGCGUUGCAAAUUUUGGUCGAGAUAGGAUUUGUUGACCAUCCUGAUACAUGUGGUGAAUGGAUAUCGCUUCUUGAAAGGUUUUUACCUAGACAAAUAGCAAUUACACGAGCAAAGAGGGACUGGGAGAUUGACAUUAUCUCUCGUUAUCAGUUAAUGGAACACAUGUCGAAGGAUGAUGCAAGACAGCAAUUCCUUCGAAUCUUGAGGACCCUACCUUAUGGAAACUCAGUUUUCUUCAGUGUGCGGAAGAUAGAUGAUCCAAUUGGUCUUUUACCUGGCCGGAUCAUUUUAGGCAUCAACAAGCGUGGGGUUCAUUUUUUCCGCCCAGUUCCCAAAGAAUACUUACACUCUGCAGAGCUUAGAGAUAUCAUGCAAUUUGGGAGCAGCAACACUGCUGUUUUUUUUAAGAUCAGAGUUGCUGGUGUUCUUCAAAUUUUCCAGUUUGAAACUAAGCAGGGCGAGGAAAUAUGCGUUGCUCUUCAAACACAUAUAAAUGAUGUAAUGCUACGUAGAUACUCAAAAGCACGUUCUGGUUCGGGUGGAGCCACUCAUGGUGAUUUUUCUCAAACAGUUAAGCUGCCAAGCCUGGAUGUAUAUGAAAAACGUGUGCAAGAGUUGUCCAGAGAUGUUGAAGAAUCUCAGAAAAAUGCAGAUCGAUUGUUUGAAGAAUUGCAUGCAAAACAGAAACAAGAAUUGGAGAUGCAGGAGGAAUUGCAAGGGGUGAAAAAUACAUUGCAGUCUGAGAGACAAAAACUACAAGAAGUCAUAUGUGACCGUGAUAAACUUAAUGCACUAUGUAGCGAAAAAGAUUCUGCUUUGCAGGCUGUAUUAGUGGAGAAAAGUAGCUUGGAGGCCAUGCUGACAAAGCUGAGCACUGGAGGACAACUUUUAGUAGAGAAUAAUACCAAGAGGGAGUAUUUAUCUGGAUCCGAUUAUGCUAGAGGAGAUGGUUUGGUCAUGAAGAGUACAAGGAAUAACUGUAGUGAUACAGAGACAUUAAGCAAAAUUCAAGAGGAGUUAAGGCAAUGUAGAGAAGAGCUUCAUGCAUCAAAUGAAACUUCUAAAAUGCUGUUGAAGGAAAAGUCUUUGCUUGAACAGAAGAUCCAAAUGCUCGAGAAAAAGAAUGAUGAGAAGAGUGUAAUUGAAAAGAGUUUUGAAGAUGAACGCAGAAAACUCAAAUUGCAUAUUACAGAAUUAGAGCAGAAGUUUGAAAGUAUGUCACGAGCUUUAAAUGCUGCUGAAUCUACUCUUACAAUGAGAAAUGUUGAGCUGGAUGCAUUACAAAACAAUCUAAAAGAGUUGGAAGAAUUGCGGGAAUUUAAAGAGGAUAUUGAUAGGAAGAAUGAACAAACAGCUGAAAUUUUGAAAAAACAAGGUGCACAAUUGGUUGAACUAGAAGCACUUUAUAAGGAAGAGCAAAUUUUACGAAAGCGUUAUUAUAAUAUGAUUGAAGAUAUGAAAGGCAAGAUAAGAGUCUACUGUCGUUUGCGUCCUCUAAAUGAAAAGGAGAUUGCGACAAAGGAGAAGAGUGUUAUCAACAGUAUUGAUGAAUUUACAGUUGCACAUCCUUGGAAAGAUGAUAAAUCAAAGCAACAUAUUUAUGACCAUGUCUUUGAUCAAACUGCUUCUCAGGAUGACAUUUUUGAAGAUACCAAGUAUCUGGUGCAAUCAGCUGUUGAUGGAUAUAAUGUGUGUAUAUUUGCAUAUGGGCAAACUAGUUCUGGGAAGACUUUUACAAUUUAUGGUUCGGAAAGUAAACCUGGACUUACCCCAAGAGCAACGGCUGAACUUUUUAAAGUGAUGAAACGUGAUAGCAGCAAGUAUUCAUUUUCUUUAAAGGUGUAUAUGGUAGAACUGUAUCAAGAUACUUUGAUAGACCUCUUACUACCAAAACAAGCAAAGCGUUUGAAGUUAGAUAUUAAAAAGGACUCAAAGGGCAUGGUGACUAUAGAGAAUGUGACAAUUGUCCAAAUUUCAAGCUUUGAAGAAUUAAGGGCUAUUAUUUCCAGAGGAUCUGAACAAAGGCAUACUGCAGGAACUCAUAUGAAUGAUCAAAGUUCAAGAUCACAUCUGAUACUUUCAAUUAUUAUCGAGAGCACCAAUCUACAAACUCAAUCUCUUGCCAGAGGAAAGCUUAGUUUCGUAGACCUUGCUGGUUCUGAGAGGAUAAAGAAGUCAGGUUCUGCAGGAAAUCAACUGAAAGAAGCCCAAAGCAUCAAUAAAUCUCUUUCAGCUCUUGCAGAUGUCAUUGGCGCUUUGUCUUCUGAUGGACAACAUAUACCAUACAGGAAUCAUAAAUUGACAAUGCUCAUGAGUGACUCUAUCGGCGGCAAUGCUAAAACUCUUAUGUUUGUGAACGUAUCUCCAGCAGAGUCAAACUUGGAUGAAACUUACAAUUCUCUAAUGUAUGCAUCAAGGGUGAGGUGUAUUGUAAAUGAUCCAAGCAAGAAUGUGUCCUCGAAAGAAGUUGUACGUUUAAAGAAGUUGUUGGCCUAUUGGAAGGAACAAGCAGGGAAACGAGGCGGCGAUGAAGAAUUAGAAGAUAUUCAGGAAGUACGACAGUUACGAGAGAGAAUGGAUGGUCGGCUUUCCACUUGAAAGCUUACCAAAAAUGGCAGGUCCUUUCUUUGGAACGAUGACAGGUCCUUUUUCUUUUGAGCAAAGACCGGUCCUUUCUUUUGAGCCACCAACAUUUUGUACUGCCAGUAGCCUAUCUCUACUAUGCUAGGAGGUAGCAAUCAGUGGUCAAGCAUCUACUAACAGGCUUCUAAAGUUUAUAUUCCAGUCAACAGCAUGUGGUGAAUGUUGUUUGAGAAAGCCCAUACUUCUUGUACAGUAAGAAAUUAUAUAUGCAGCAGCGCUUAUGUACGCAUAAUUACAUUAUCCAUUUAUGAGAAAAGUUCCUUAUAGAAUUGU